AUGUCUGACAAAAGUGACUUAAAAGCUGAGCUAGAGCGCAAAAAACAGCGCUUAGCACAGAUAAGAGAAGAGAAGAAACGGAAGGAAGAGGAGAGGAAAAAGAAAGAGGCUGAUAUGCAGCAGAAGAAAGAACCUAUUCAGGAUGACUCUGACCUGGAUCGCAAACGCCGAGAGACAGAAGCUCUGCUGCAAAGCAUUGGUAUAUCGCCGGAGCCCCCUCUAGUCCCAACCCCUAUGUCUCCCUCCUCGAAAUCAGUGAGCACUCCCAGUGAAGCUGGAAGCCAAGACUCAGGUGACCUGGGACCAUUAACAAGACGAAGACUGCAUAAGCUGGGCGUGUCGAAGGUUACCCAGGUGGAUUUCCUGCCCAGGGAAGUAGUGUCCUACUCCAAGGAGACCCAGACUCCUGUGGCUACACAUCAUUCCGAAGAUGAUGAGGAAGAUGAAGAAAUGGUGGAACCUAAAGUUGGCAACGAUUCAGAACUGGAAAAUGAAGACAAAAAACAGGAGGUGAAGGAAGCCCCUCCAAGGGAGCUGACAGAGGAAGAAAAACAGCAGAUCCUUCAUUCAGAGGAAUUUCUCAUCUUUUUUGAUCGGACGAUACGAGUAAUUGAGAGAGCACUGGCAGAAGACUCCGACAUCUUCUUUGACUAUAGUGGUCGAGAGUUAGAGGAAAAAGAUGGGGAUGUCCAGGCUGGAGCCAACCUUUCUUUCAAUCGUCAGUUCUAUGAUGAGCAUUGGUCCAAGCAUCGAGUAGUCACUUGUAUGGACUGGUCUCUCCAGUACCCCGAGCUGAUGGUCGCUUCCUACAACAACAAUGAAGAUGCUCCCCAUGAACCGGAUGGAGUGGCCUUGGUUUGGAACAUGAAGUUUAAGAAAACCACACCAGAGUAUGUCUUCCACUGUCAGUCCUCUGUGAUGUCAGUCUGCUUCGCUCGUUUCCAUCCCAACUUGGUGGUUGGUGGGACUUACUCGGGCCAGAUCGUCCUGUGGGAUAAUCGCAGUCACCGAAGGACGCCAGUGCAGCGGACACCCUUGUCAGCUGCUGCACACACACAUCCCGUGUACUGUGUAAAUGUUGUUGGGACCCAGAAUGCUCAUAACCUUAUCACUGUCUCUACUGAUGGUAAAAUGUGUUCCUGGAGCCUGGACAUGCUCUCAACUCCACAGGAGAGCAUGGAGCUGGUGUACAAUAAGUCCAAGCCUGUGGCUGUUACCGGAAUGGCUUUCCCGACGGGAGACGUCAAUAACUUCGUGGUUGGCAGUGAGGAGGGUACAGUCUACACAGCCUGUCGUCAUGGAAGCAAAGCAGGUAUCGGUGAGGUCUUCGAAGGUCACCAAGGGCCAGUGACAGGAAUUAACUGCCACAUGGCAGUGGGCCCAAUCGACUUUUCACACCUGUUUGUCACAUCGUCGUUUGACUGGACCGUCAAACUGUGGACCACAAAGCACAACAAGCCGCUCUACUCCUUUGAAGACAAUGCAGACUAUGUGUACGAUGUCAUGUGGUCCCCUGUGCAUCCCGCGCUCUUUGCCUGCGUGGACGGGAUGGGGCGCUUGGACCUCUGGAACCUCAACAAUGACACCGAGGUUCCAACAGCAAGUGUGGCCAUUGAGGGGGCGUCCGCCCUGAACCGUGUUCAUUGGGCUCAAGCUGGAAAAGAAGUUGCCGUUGGGGACUCAGAAGGCCGUAUUUGGAUCUACGACGUUGGAGAGCUUGCAGUUCCCCACAAUGAUGAAUGGACCCGAUUUGCCAGGACCCUUGUGGAGAUUCGUGCUAACAGAGCUGAUAGCGAGGAAGAAGGCACCGUUGAGUUAUCUGCCUAGUGGAAAUGAGCCGCCCCCACCCCCACCCCCACCUUCACCAUCUAGAGCUCAGCAUCUGCAGUCAUCAGUUCUGCUCGUACUCGUGUCCAUUCAGCAUCAGUAUUGCCGUGACAUUUUGGGUGCCAUAUUGUGCCAGCUUUGCUUCAAGUAUUCUAAAUGUAUCCCAGCCUGCUCGCCACCGACCUGAAAUUCACCAGAGCAUUUCUAUCUUUAUAUUUCUGUCUCAAAAAUGUGGGGGGGAACCUUUAUGGGUUUAGUUGUUGCCUUUUAACUACUUAGAAGCUGUAUUUAAUAGCUGGAAACCUCUGGUUAAAUUUGUGCUUACAUGCACUUCUGGCAUAGUCCUAUUAAAUCCAUAUGAAGCCAGAUAUGAUUAGGUACAGAUGUGGUGUGCUUCAUGAUAUGGUACAGGGCCAAAGACUUGAGAUGUGGUGUUUUACAUGGUGACUCACAUUAUGAAUGGAUUUACUAGAAGAACAUUGCUGCUCCUUAUUUAUUGUGGUGUGCUGCAUGGAACAUAUUUAUUUGAAAGCAUUAAAAUAAACGAUCCUAGAGCAUGUGCAUAAUGAGAGGACUGUAUUGUCUCUCUGCUGCUGUUGAGGUUACAUUAAGUUCCAAAUAACAAUUACAGUAUGCCGGUUCCACUGAGGACAUGAAAUCUUUAGAGGUUUUUGGCAGUGAACGGAAUUAAUUUUAAUGCCUAUUAUUUCUAGGUACUUUAACAAUAUUUCAAAUAUAGUUGACCAUUGAUACUUGUCAUUCAAGCUAACACAGUCUGACAAAACUCUGUGGUUCCUAAAUAUGAUACCAGUAUUGCCAAUAAAAUGUUCCA